AAAUUGACGUUAGCCACGCAUACCGGAAGUGAGACGCAGAAACAGCAGAAGUUUUGGCUUUCGCGAGCGCCUUCUUUCUGUGCCUCCGUAUUUCUUUUUUCUGCAGGAAAUUAAUUAUACGUCUGCAAUAUGAGUCUGCAGUGGACUGCUGUGGCGUCUUUCCUGUACGCCGAAGUGUUCUUCGUCCUGUUGCUCUGCGUACCCUUUAUCUCCCCCAAAAGAUGGCACAAAAUCUUCAAAUCUCGCCUGAUGCUUGCCAUUACGACGUACGGGAACACUGCCUUCAUUGUGAUCAUCUGCAUCCUCGUCUUUCUUCUAGUUGAUGCAUUCAGAGAAGUGCGGAAGUACAGUGUGACCGACACGGUGGAUCUCUCGAACAACCCCGUGGCCAUCGAGCACAUCCACAUGAAGCUGUUCAGAGCACAGAGGAAUGAGUACAUCGCCGGCUUCGCCCUGCUCCUCUGCUUGUUGCUGCGACGUCUGGCCAGCCUUCUUUCCCAGCAGGCCACGCUCAUGGCCUCCAAUCAGGCUUUCCAGAAACAAGCAGAGGGUGCAAGCGAUGCCGCUCGGAAGUACAUGGAAGAGAAUGAAAAGCUUCAGGAGAAAUUGAGGGAUGCAGGAGUGGAGAUCCCGGAGGCGGGAGCCAAGGCUAAGGGCAGCGCAGAGGAGGAGAGCAAGACCCUGAAGGAGGAGGUCAGACGGCUAAAGGAAGAGCUCGAAGCCAACAAGAAAGCUCUUCAGAAGUCAGACGGUGAUGUGAAGGCGAUGAAAAAGCAGGCAGAGAAUCUGACAGUCGAGUAUGAUCGCCUGCUGGAGGAGCACGCCAAAUUACAGGCAUCGUUUGACGCUCAGCACGACAAGAAGUCCGACUGAUGGAACUGACGCCACGCACCUGUCUGCCUCACCUCUUUCUCCCUGAAGCCAAGUCCACGCAUCACUUCCUGUUGCUGGAUUGUACUGUACAGGAUUUAGGAGCGAUCUCAGCCUGUAUGCUUUGCGUCUAAUUACGCUUCAUCGUGUGUCCUGUUGUCUUUUUCUUUUUUUUUUUUUUUGGUUCUCCCCAAGUUUUUUUUUAUUUUAUUAUUAUUAUAUAAAACAGUUACAGAUGUCUUUCUUCAGAAUGUAACCUUUUUUUUUCCCCUUUUGUUCUUGUUAAAUUUUUAGAUUUUUGUGAGUGUGUGGUUAAAUGGGAAACAGGGAGGCGGAGGGGGUUAGAACUGUUUCUCAUAAUGUUUAAUAUUUUACUAGGACUAAAUAUUUGUGGAUUAUGAUGGGGAUGAUCAAGUUCAGAUGGUAAAAUGGUAUAAUUAUAUAACUGUUUGGCGAGAAAUCUUUUCCAGUUACGUGAAAUUGUUUUAAGGUUUUCUCUUGUAGAUAUUUUUGCCUUAAAAGGAGAUAGUUCGGUGAGUGCUUGUGUUGUAACUAAACCCCGGUGCCUAUGUGGCUUUUUGGUGUUUGGUUUAGGCGUCGCUACACUAUACACUUUCACUAAGCACUAAAGACUUUUAGUUUACUUUCGCAUAUUGCACCACUGUAUGUUCCUCUCUCUCUUUCUGCCCCCCCCCCCCCCUUCUUUUGUUUCUCUUUUGCUUAUUUUCAAGUUUUCAUUGUAGGAAAAUAAUCACCUCUGCUGUAGUUCACUGAAGUUGCAAUUCCCUCACAGAAACACACUGUGGACUAGUUUGUUCCGGUCCAUACUGGUUUAGAUUGUUGUCUGUGAAGCAGGCAGGGUUGCAAUCACAGUGACACAGGCAGCUCAGGUGGCAUUUCCAAACAUCACCACAUGGUCUAUCAGAGUUUUCCCCCAACAUUAUUAAACCGCUAUAGGUUUGUGAUAUACUGGAGGCAGCAUGUUUACAGUCGUCCCUAUAUUGUCUCUCCAUAUUGUCUCUCACGCUUACCGACUUGUCACAAACCAAUAGCUGUUGUUUGGUUGGUUGACUCUAAUUGAUGUCAAAGGCAAUGCUAUAAAAAAACAAAAAAAACAUUAUAGCAGGGUGUUCGCUCAGCUUGUGUGUGGACGAGAGAUUGUGCAAAGCGUUCAAGGGCUUAACGAAAGUCUUUCCCAUCUAAACUGGUUAGAAACACCUUCUUCGCAUUAACUCCAUUAGUCUCCUAGCAAAUCACGAUGCCACUCUCGAAGUUGAGCCGGGGGGAAUCAUAAAGGAUUAUGGGAUCUAAAGGUAAAUAGUUCAUAGCUCUGUCCUCAUGGACUGUUUAACUCCAUGAAGGAUAACGAGAAAUUUAAUCUCCACCAUGGCCACCAGAUCACAGUUCAGUUUCUUCUAAGAAUGGCAGUGGGUGAAACAUUAACCUCACUGUACCAGGCACUUAACGUCUCUGUAUGUUUAAAGAGGCUAUAUUUGAUGCUGGUUGUCGUCACUCUUGCGGUAGUAGGUUUCUAUGGUGACAUUUUUGGAUUUUAAUUUUGUUCGGUUAUUUGAUGAAAUGAAUCGUCAUUGAUGUCUGUAAAUAAGUCAAUGAAUAAAUGGAUAUACAACUCAAACCAGUUUUAAUUCCAGUCCUUUUGUUUUUCUGCUUUUAUUUUGAAGUUUGCAAAAUGUAGCAGUAGUAUGUUAACCAUGCUCUGGCUUAUUUAGUAGCAUAUGGUUAGAUUGUGGUGUACUGAUUUCCCAGCAUGCCUCACUUUCAUCUGUAUGACCAGUUCAUGUGUUUGGGACUGUGCUUCCACCAAAGUUGAUAAAGUGCAUCUAUUAAAGACAUCAUUAAGAAUAA